AUGGCCUCUCUGCGGUACCUGAACGCCUUUAUCUCCGAGCGGCUGGCGGCGGCGGCUGUGGAGAUCUUCCUGGCGGUACAGAAAACGCUGAUGGAGUACCAGGGAGAGAUCAGCCGGUCCAAGCAGGAGAUAGAUCACCUGCGGACACUGGCGCUCUGGCCUGAAUCUCCGCUCUCAUGUCAUUCAGCAGCUCAUCAGUUCAGUCCUCACCGCUAUGACCAGGACGAUCAGGAGAGCUGCCCUGAGGAGGAGUGGACCCCGCAUGUGAGCCCGGACCACCCGAGCAGCCCACAUAUUAAAGAGGGACAUGACCGGCGAGGGCGGGCCUGUGGGCAGCAGAGCGAUGCCACUGUGUCUCCUCAGUUUGUGAGAGGAGAAGGUCACGCCGGGACGCCCUCACACCUCUACAGGAUAUUAACUGUUGAACAGACAGCAGAUAUCAGAGCUGGUGAUGGGCCCCGCCUUGGAAGAAAUCCACAGUCCUCUGCACUUCGGCGAGAAGCCCUGACAGAUCCACUUGAGGUCACUCGUGAGCAGGAUGGGCCCGAUGAGCAGCCGUACAGUGAACAAGACUGGAGCCCCUGUCAGGACCACGACGACCCCGAUCCCCCUCACAUCAAAGUGGAAGAGUGCACCAUUCCUCUGGAAGAGACUGGCCACGACUACAAAAUACCUGCGCAGUCAGAGAGGAGUGUUUAUGAUGAGCCUCUUUCUUCAAGUCCCGGCCACAACCAGUCCCUGACCAACCAAACAUUUUACACAUCAGAGGACAGGAGAAGAGAUGAUGAAGGAGAAAGCUGCCGACUGUCCGGACCGAGCAGAGUUUCCCACCACUUCUGCUCUGUAAAUCAAAGCGACUAUGGUGAGAAUACAGAAGGUGUGGUGAAUGGAGGAACGAGGUCAAAGAAUAUGCAAAACUCCAACUUGUGCGCUGAAGGAAGGGACAGUGUCGGCGUGGAAGAAGAUUUAAGUGAUCCCACCAGGGAGAGGAGGCACACUUGUCCCGUCUGUGCGAAACGUUUUAAAGAGUCGAGCCAUUUGAAGGAUCACGUGAGAAUCCACACGGGAGAGAAGCCGUUCCAGUGUAAGGAGUGUGGCGUGAACUUCAGACAGAGUGGGGCUUUGACGCUACACAUGAGAAUCCACACGGGGGAAAGGCCGUACCGGUGCACCGACUGCGGCCGGCGCUUCAGUCGAAAAGGCGACAUGGAGACUCACAGGGUGACGCAUACAGGGGAAAGACCCCAUCUGUGUGUGGUGUGUGGGAAAAGCUUCAAGAGGAAGAGCAACUUAAGCACACACCUGAAGAUUCAUGCAGAGGGCAAAAUGGAUUCCACUCAGCCACUGUGA